GUCGGUACUUGGACUAGAAACACUUGUACUUAGGCUACAAACACAUGUCGGUUCUUGGAUUAGAAACACUUGUACGGUUCCCAAGGCAUAAUUAAUUAAUAAUUAAACCGACUAAACUAUGUAGCUUAGAAGAUAAUCUUGGUUUUGAUUAGUAUUGGAAGGUUCGACAUACGAGGUGGUUCAAUUAAUCCAAGACAGCACAGGCAAAUGCUAGAUUGGAGGUCAGUUAGCAAUCAAAGAGCCGCCACCCUGGCCCAGCUUGUAUACAAAUUUGAAUGACAUUCAACGUGGAAACCUUCAUAUGUGUUUACAAUCCGUUGGCUCGAAACUUCUCGAUCGAAACGUAAAAAAUCUUUUUAUUUUUUAUUUUUUUUUAUUUUCUUUCCUAGCCUGGGCGCCGUACGAAAUGUUGCUUAUCAAUACCCCAUGCAUCUUCUUUAUAAGAUGCCUUUGGGCCUAUCCUCAUCGAUCUCUCACUGUUCGUCUGGCCGCUUCUGUACGACUGAUGAGGAUCUGUUCCAUACCUUUACUUUAAUUAUAUUUUAAAAGGAGUGUUCUUCAAUCUGUACUAAGUAUUGGGCCUUUGAUUCGGAUCUGAAUUGACAGCCAUGGGGGAAAAGGUUUGUGAAUACACUGUUAGUACAAUGAUACUGAAGGUUGACCUGCAGUGCCAUCGCUGCUACAAGAAGGUGAAGAAAGUUCUAUGUAAAUUUCUUCAAAUACAAGACCAGAUAUACGAUGAGAAGCAUAACACAGUGGCAAUCAAAGUUGUGAGCUGCUCUCCUGAAAGGAUUAGGCAAAAGAUUAUCUACAAAGGUGGUAAUUCCAUUCAGAGCAUUGAGAUCAAACCUCCUCCGAAGCCCAAAACUGAGGAGAAACCAAAACCUCCGCCAGCUGAAAAACCGAAAGAAGCUGAAGCCAAGCCCAAGGACAAACCUGCUGAACCGGUUGCAAAGCCUUCUGAACCGGCACCAUUCAUCGCUGUACCGUAUUAUCCAGAGAGCUACGCAGCUGGUGCGUAUAGCAGGCCAUAUUAUGAAGGGUAUGGUGGGGGUCCAUACCAUCACGGGCAUGGCGAGGAAUAUAUGAUAGGGAGGCCAGUGUAUGAUAGUUAUGGGGGUGGUGGUUAUAGGCCUAGUUACUAUUCCAGUGAGGAAAACCCAUCAGGAUGCAUCAUCAUGUAAAUUAGCGGGAGUAAUCAUGAUCAUGUAUGGUCAUCAUCAUCUUGGAAGUUCUCUAUAAUAAGCUGGUGAUCAGUCAAAUUAACUCAGAACUCGUGAUCACAAGUCGUGGCUGCAAUAUUUCUGCUUUGUAUAAUUAGAAGGACAGAAAAAUGAGUAAUAAUAUCGUCGGUGGGAUUGUGACUGUCGGUGGACAAUCGUUUCUUACUCUUCA